UGUCAAUGUCAGCAGGAAUCUGCGAGCGGGAGCCAAAGUUUGGAUACGAUCGAAUAUCGAAUCCAGGUUCCGGAUCUGGACCCUGUUUAUCGAUAAAUUCAUAAUUUACGAUUAAAAAGUGGAUGGGUACUAUAUUCGUUUGUUUUAAGUUCAGUUUUAUCGUGAAUUCUGUUCUGGCAACGUGAUAAGGCCCCUAAGUCUACUUAAUUUUUUCUUAGGUAAGAAGUGCCCUUAGGAGUCUUCUGGCAGAAAAAGGAAGCUUAAGUUAAAAAGAUGCUUAAUCCAGAGCAACCAGAUCCAUUACCUCCGUACAAUUUAGAACCGGACAGUUCCGAAUCAGCAUCAGAAGGUGAAAGUAGCCACUCGGGUGAAACACCUGAACCCAUGGACCAUGAGGACAGUACUGCUGCUAACAACCUUGAUGAGGCCGGUGCUGAAGUGGAAACACAUGUGCAUUGCCGAGGACAUACCAAAAAAAGCAAAGAAAAAUCUGAAUUCGAACCGAAUGAUGCUGUAGAUCACUUUGAGCUUUGGAGUUCAGAUGUCACUAGUCCUGACGAAGAUGACGAUAUGGAAGGGACACGAUCUUCGCCUGCUCAUAAACUCACUGAAAGCUGGACUGACACUCCCAAGCAAGAGAAUAUAAUCCCUUUAAAGUUUAAAGGGACAGAGGGAAUUAUAAAUUUGGAUAUGGGAAGAAAAUACUCAGCCUUGGAAUGCUUUAAGUUAUUUGUCGAUGAUGAUAUUAUCCACAUGAUGGUUAGAGAAACAAAUAAAAAUGCCAGAGCCAAUUUUAUCCGUUACGGAUAUCACGAGGACUUCCUUUCGGGCUGGCUGGACGUGACUUUUAAAGAAAUGACCCAGUUUCUAGGAAUCGUAAUUUUUAUGGCAUUUAAACGACUUCCAGAAACCAGUUCGUAUUGGAGCACCGAACGGCUGUACUUUAAUUCCGUGGCCUGUCGGGUUUUCACCCAAACCAGAUUUCACCGGAUCCUGACUUAUUGGCAUUUCGGUAACGAUGGCACCCGUUGCGUUUACGCUAAAUUAAAUCCGCUUCUGGCCAAAUUGAACGAGAACUUUAGGAAGUACAAAAUCCCAGGAGACAUUCUGUACGUCGGCAGAACAACCUGCUACCUUCGAAACAAAUACAUUUUCGAACCAAUACCGCAGGACAUCACGAAAAAAGGCUCGAAAAUCCUAAAAGUGAUGGACCAGGAUAUUUACACGUACAAAAUAAAAGUGCUGCCGCCGGAAGUAAGCUCGAACCGCAUUCGACGCACCACGAACAACACUCUGGACCUUUUGGCGGAUUACAUGGACCAAGGCAGACUCAUCAUAUUCCAUAACAUUUAUAUUUCUUUGCAUUUGGCGAGGGAAUUGUUGAGGCGACAGUGCCAUUCGAUUGGCAUGAUUAGGAAGAAUUCGCGGGGAACCCCGAAAGAGAUCGAGACGAAACCUUUACAAGACGGAGACCUUAUUGGUUAUCAGAAUUCUAAGGGGAUUUCUGUGUUAAAAUGGCAGCUUUUAGGGGCGCCGUAUCAUGGUGUAUCAACCUGUCACACCCUCGAAACCAUCCCGGUGCAAAGAUACGUGAGAAACUAUUUGGACAACGGCACCACACAGGAAGAGGAACAAAUACCGAAAUAUCUCAAGGAUAUUUCGUUAAGUGAGAAAAUAUUUGACGCCUACGAGAAGUUUAGUAUUAAUACGUCGCCGUUGAAUGAACACGUUAAAUGGUAUCAAAGAUUGGCCUGUGAUGCAAUAGUAAACACCGCCACAAUAAACGCCCUGAUUCUAUAUAAACAACUAAACAAGGAGAAAAUUAAAAUGUGGGAUUUCCGGGAUCGACUUUUCCGCGAACUGGUCGAUAUUAAACAGCUGCCCAACAUAUCGAGCGACGAGGAAAUGGAAGAACCGGAUUUGGAGGAUUAAAUCGCUUUUUUUUUGAUAGGUUUUAAGUAGGUUUAAGACAAAAUUAAAUUGUAAAUUACGUGUAAUAUUUUAGUUUGUAUAAUACUUGACUUGGCUUUUAUGUAAAAAAAUUACUGAUAAACGAGAGUGUUCGUUAUUUUGCA